AUGGAGUCUAUGAAGGGUGUAAAUUUGGAUUCAAAUUCAUUCACUGUUAAUGGGUUUGGUCAAGUUCUCCAGGUGUGGGCGUACUUUGCUCUGCCAGAAUUUGGUGCUAAUUUCGGGCAUCCCCUACCAGACAGACCGUCUCCGCUGUUGUUGGCUUACAAUGGUGGCAGAGAACGCAUAUUUUUUAAAGAGGCCAUUAGCAAACAGACUAGCGGGAUCAACUUCGUCCACAAGGACUAUGCUGAGAUGUUUCCACGAUGGGACUUUGAUGUGGAGGACCCGGCCGCGGAGAAUAUAAUUAAAGUAAUGUUUAAUGCGAAAGCUAAUUGGAAGUGGACCAUGGAUUGCUGGGAAGUCACCGGUACUAAACCCGAGAGUGAAGAAGGAAGUGAGUGCAGCGGAGACAGAGAGUGGUGUGAAGGAAGAAAGUGGAAGACCUCGAAAGAAAGCUAG